AGCUGUCCACUGCACAGAAUUCUCUUCUUUUUCUCGCCGUAGGAGUUAAGGUUGUCCCCCUCUUCAUCUAAAGGGUACUUCAAGCCUUUGAUCCUAGAGGACUGGGUUUGUGGGAUAUGGCCCAAUAGCAGCAGCCCGUGAUGCCGGACCAUGACAGCGACUCCCUCCUGAACAGACAGACGAAGCGAAGACGUGUGGACAUUGGUGUUAAGAGGACCGUGGGCAGCACAGCCUCCGCAGCAGCAGCCACAACAACUACUGAUAACAUUGCCCGCGCCAAAGCAGCCAUUUUCAGUGCCAUGAACUCUCUGAGCUCCCACUCUCACCACGGAUCAGACACCGACUCCAUGGAGUGCUCUGUAGUGCAGCCACAUGGUGGGCCUGGCGUUGUAUCAGCCAGUGACAAUGAGUCCAAGUCCAAUGUACUCCGAAAGCUACUGAAGAGGGCCAACUCAUAUGAGGACGCCAUGAUGCCCUUCCCUGGCACCACAAUUAUCUCCCAGCUUCUCAAGAAUAACAUGGCUAAAAAUGGAGGAGGGCCUGAGAGGGGAGAAAGAGGGGACAGGGGUGAUAGAGGGGACAUCGGUUUCCCUGGAUCAGGGCUUUCCAAUGCAAGUUCAGAUGCUCCCCAGGAAGAUGCCUGCAGUAACUCUUCGCAGGACAGCACCCCUCAAGAAUGCUUGUCACCUUUUGGUCGUCCUCCUGGCCUGGCUGCCUUUGACAUUGAACGUCUCAAUGAUGAACACCUGCGUGCCAAGCGAGCCAGGGUAGAGAACAUUAUACGUGGUAUGAGCCACUCACCCAGCGUCGUGGUACCUGCUGCCUCACGCCAUGAGCGCGACCAUGAGAUGGAUGGAGAUAGGGAGAUGGAGCUAGACUGUCCACCACCUCAGUCUCAGCAGCAGGCCCCAGGCAGCCCGAGGGGAGGAGAGGUGUGCGGCGGUAGCAGCCGAGAGAACAAACGCAAGCAGCGUCUCCCUCAGCAGCAACAGCAGAGCUUCACCCAGCUGGUGUGCCAGAGGAAAGAACAGAAGCAGGAGGAGCGGCGACAACUGAAGCUUCAGCUAGAGGACAUGCAGAAACAGCUACGUCAGCUGCAGGAGAAGUUCUUUCAGAUAUACGACUCAACUGAUGACUCGGAACACAACGACCUCCACAAUGACCUCCACAAUGACAUAGGAAACAUGUCAGAGGACAGCCCAGUCAGGUCUGAUACUGGCGGUGAUGACCGGGGUGGAGAUGACUUGCGCUCUGACAAUGAGAUGUCUGAUCUGGACCCAGGCCAUUUCCUGGACAGGGCAAGGGCAUUACUUCAGGAGCAAGCCCUGCUGGCAGAUGGGCAGAAGCCAAGAAGAGAGGGGCUUGGCCGGAGCAAAGGACAGGGAGGUCCAGGCUCUUCCAUGCAUGCUGAAGGUAAACAGCUGGCAGAAACACUGAAGCAGGAACUCAAUUCAGCCAUGACCCAGGUUGUGGACACAGUGGUUAAGGUGUUUGCCAAGCCUCCCCGCCCUACACCCCAGCAGGCCUUUCCCACCUUGUCCAUACCUCCAGAAAGAUUUCCCACUGUUGUGAACGGAGACAACCCCAACUUCCACACCGCCAACCAGAGGCUGCAGUGCUUCGGUGAUGUCAUCAUUCCCAAUCCACUAGACUCCUUUGCCAGCAUGCCAGGGAUGCCAGGCGCCACCGAUGACCAAACCGAGGCACUGCCCUUAGUUGUGAGGAAGACACCCAGUGAGCACCACCACCACCACCACCACCAGUCCUCAGCUGUGGGUGCCCAUGGUGGACACCACCACCCCGUCCUUCACCCCUCCUCGCUCUCUGCCUCCAUGGGCUUCAGCCCUCCAUCUUUUAGACACCCAUUUCCACUGCCUCUAAUGGGCUACCCUUUCCAAAGUCCCCUUGGUGCACCUACAGGUGGCUACCCAGGAAAGGACCGCUCCUCACCAGACUCCAUGGACCUGUCCCGGGAGACCACCAGCCUCAGGACCAAGAUGGCAUCAGGCCACCACCUGGGGCACCACCAUCGUUCUCUUUCACCAACACAUCCUGGCAGCACAGCUGAGGGACUCUCCCUGUCCCUCAUCAAGUCCGAGUGCGGUGACCUCCAGGACAUGUCUGACAUCUCGCCCUACUCAGGCAGCAAUAUCCAAGAGGGUCUCUCUCCGAAUCAUCUGAAGAAGGCCAAGCUCAUGUUUUUCUACACCCGCUACCCGAGCUCUAACAUGCUCAAGAUGUUCUUCUCUGAUGUCAAGUUUAACCGCUGCAUAACCUCCCAGCUGAUCAAAUGGUUCAGCAACUUCCGAGAGUUCUACUACAUCCAGAUGGAGAAGUUCGCCCGCCAGUCCAUCAACGACGGAGUCACUGGCAGCGAGGAGAUGAGCGUCAGUCGCGACUCUGAGCUUUUCCGUGCCCUCAACAUGCACUACAACAAGGCCAACGACUUUGAGGUCCCUGAACGCUUCAUAGAGGUGGCUGAGAUCACACUGAGGGAGUUCUUUAACGCCAUUGUGGCCGGCAAAGAUGUGGACCCGUCCUGGAAGAAGGCCAUCUACAAGGUCAUCUGCAAACUGGACAGCGAGGUCCCCGAGAUCUUCAAGUCCCCCAACUGUCUCCAAGAGCUUCUACACGAGGAAGGCUGUACUGCAUUUCAUUAAGUAGAACCAACCUAAAAAAAAUACUUUAAUUCUUAUCUACCCAAAUUUGAAUUUAAAAGAAACACUCAACUGAGGAAUUGAAAAAAUGGAUCUUGGCAGCUAAAUGGACCUGGACAUUAUUUUUCGUUCUUUUUUUUUUUUAAAUAAGGGUUGUUAAGUUUUAUUCCAGGACAGGGCCGAGGGUGGACUAGAAAGUUGAAAGUAGUUUGAAGCAUUUUUGUAUAUCUCUGGAGAUUUUUCCCCCUGUAUUGCUUUGGCCCAGCCCAAAAACAACCAGUAGUCAAAUUGCCUUUCGUGCCUUCACCCUCUAUGAACUGAAUGUAUGUGCAGUAUAUAUGCAAGCUUGUGCAAAAUGAAUAAAAAUUGGAAAUAAAAAUGAAAAUGAGAGUA